AUGGCCUACCUUUUGCCACACUUACACAAUGGAUGGGAAGUCGAUCAAGCAAUCGUCACAGAAGAGGAUCGAGUGGUACUUAUCCGAUUUGGGAAGGACGACAACUCAACCUGCAUGGUUCAAGACGAAGUGUUGAUGGCAAUUGCCGACAAGGUCAAGAACUUUGCUGUUAUAUAUCUCGUCGACAAUGAAGAAGUUCCAGACUUCAAUAAUAUGUACGAGCUAUUCGAUGACUGCACGACAAUGUUCUUUUAUCGCAACAAACACAUAAUGGUGGACUUGGGAACAGGGAAUAAUAAUAAAAUCAAUUGGGCAUUAGCAGACAAGCAAGAAUUCAUUGAUAUUAUUGAGAUGGUAUAUCGGGGAGCCCGAAAAGGACGGGGUUUGGUAGUCUCACCAAAAGACUAUUCCACGAAGUACCGGUAUUGA